AUGGAACGAAGAAAAGAAGAAGAAUCUAAAUUAAACGCAGAAGAAGAAGAGAAGCACACAGAAGAGAAAAUAGUCGAUGAAGCAGAAGAGGUCAGGAGUGCCCUGAACAACGGAAGCAUUCCCAGAGUGAAAAUAUUUAUGGAUCUUAUCUCCAUCAUAGAUAUGCUCGAGACCAAGAACAUUCUGGUUGUAACCCCUCUUUCAAAAGAAAAAACAAGGAUAGAGAACAGCCUGUCAAGCGACGACUCUUUUUCUGUUCUUGUCAGAAGAGUGCUUGAGAGCAUAAACCUCCUGAAGUCGAAGGAGGUCUCUCCUGAUGUUAUUAUAAUCAGCAAGUACAGCAUAAUAGCAGAGAUGGGGCUAUCACACGAUCUAAUGGAGGCUGUGGGAAACAGCAGGGUAAUUGUCUCCCUGGAAAGCGACGAAGAGAUGGAAAUGCUUGGUUCGUACACAAUGGUCUCUAAAAAGAUGAUAAAAAGAGAGUUCUAUCUCGGCGGAAGAACAACCCUGGAGAGAAUGGGCAUACUAUUUGCUCUAACAAAGGCAAAGCCCAUCAAGAACAUCUGCAUUGUCGUCAGCCACGCAAAAGAAGAGAGAAGAGUUGAGGUUUUCCUGAAGGCUUUUGGAGUAAAGGUAGAUAUUGACCCAAAAACAAAGAAAGAAGGAAGCGUUGGGCUGUUCAACACAAACAACAUGAUAAAUAGCAGGCUGCUAGAGAGGUACAGCUUAGUAAUAGAUAUCACCGGCGGAGUAAACUCGGAAGUGCUGGAUGAGGUCAAAAUAGGAAUACUAAAAAUAAUAACACACGGGAAGAUCGUAAAAGAAGACGCACGGUUCAAGAGGCUGCUAGAGCAAGCAAUGAGAUACAAGUACAGAAUAGAAGGUGUGAUAAGAAUGAUAACUCCAAAUGUAUUGCAGCGCAAAAAUGACAUAGACGAAAAGGCAGUAAAGCAUCUCCAAGGCGCUCUUAGACUAAUCUAA